GAACGCAAUGCCUGUUCCGGUGCAAGGCGGCUACCAGCGAGGUCCCAGCUGUUGGGAUCGCGUGAAAAUGGGCUUCACGAUUGGCUUUUGCGUCGGCAUGGCGUCAGGAGCUCUCUUCGGAGGUUUUUCCGCUCUCAGAUACGGCCUGAGGGGUCGAGAACUGAUCCAGAGUGUUGGCAAAGUGAUGCUACAGGGUGGUGGCACAUUUGGAACAUUCAUGUCCAUAGGAACUGCAAUCAGAUGCUGAAAGUGUAUAGCCGUACCUACUCAACAUUUCGCCCAUCUGCGCCGAGAUGUGUGAUAAAUCAUAGUGUAUGAAACCGUGUCUGCUUUCGCAGAGUGGAGCGGCCGCCCACCUUGUUGAUAAAGGGUUUCAUGCCCCCAAUCAACGCUGCCGCUUUCAUUUUUUUUUUCAGUAUUUGUUGACGUUGCUUCUUUAAUAAACGGAUGAAACUCGAUAAACUUCAAUAAACUCAUCUUUGUGUAUAUCUUGCACGCUGUUGAUCCAGCGGCAGGUCAUUUUCCUUCAGUUCUUUCCAUUAUUUUGUAGCAAGCCGAUAUAACAGCAGCAUGAUGGUAUGCAAGGCUACCAAGGGCUAGAAUUGAUACAAAACCUUGCUCCUGGCCUAGUGUAAAAGGAUAUUUUACUAGGUUCGGUUUAAUAUUUUCUAAAUCACGACUGCUUGUUUGGUAUCUUGGGCAGCUGAAAAUUUGAUUGAUUACCAGUCCUGUUGGCUCAGUGUCAAUGGCUUUGUGCUGCUAAGAGUAGUGACCACUAAGGGUUCUCAAAACUGCAAAUAAAGCAGGGCACACGGGCGUUCUUGUUUGCUGCUGCUGUGGCAAUGCAGCUAUCAUGGCCAGAAAAAACCCUGUCAUCUUGUACUUGGUAGCAGAACUGCAGCAAUUUGGAGCAAUACCUUAGAACCUAGUUGCGUGUGUUAUUGCAUAUGAAACAUGUUCUCAUAAUUACUAUUAUAAGAUUGCCAGCAGUUUUGUCCUGCAACUAUGGAAUGGUGCACUGUGUCGCAGUAAAACGAAAUUGAAUAAAGGUGUUUUACAAAUGCAAGCCUUUGUUCACUGGCAAAUUAUUGGCAACCGUUCUGUGCACAACUACGAUUACUGCAGGAUACAGAUUAUCUGUACUGCAUAGGCUACACUCGCAGAGCACUUUCCUUUGUUCCCAUCAUUUCUAGGUUGCUAAAGUCGCUCACAGAGGCAAAUGCGAUGCAGCUCUUGCUUACCAAGGGAAUAUUUUGAGCAGCAUACUGAACUUUUGGUCAAUGCUGCAGGGUAGCAUUUUCAUUUCUUUAGUUCUUUCUUCACUGUGCACCUAUGUCAGUGUGGACUUUAGGUAGAUGCACGAUUUCUUCCUCCUCGAUUCAAUAUCAAGCCUUUUAAAUGAAUAUGAAACGAGUUUGAAGGUCUCUGUUACUCUUUCGAGACUGUUUAAAUGUACCCAUUUCUUGUGUUAAUGGUGCCCAUAAACGAAUAUUUUCAUCGUUAGCACAUAUAGAAGCACUACUACCCACUUUCAGUGCAGUUCUAAGGGCCAAAUUUACAAAGCUUAGCGUUCCUAAAUGUUUUUUACUAUCGAAUAAAAACCUGCUAUGUUAGAAUUGAUCAUAAGAGGCAAUUGCUGCCAAUCUUUAUGCUGGAAAUGUAGAAACAGCAAGACUAAUAAUAGAAGAUGAAGACCAGUCAUCAGAAAGGGCGGUGUUCUGAUCUUCAGAAUAAAUGGGUCUAACUGUUGAGUUUUUUUUUUUUUGCUAAACACAUUGAAUGAGACAGUCUUAUGGCAAAAGUUAAUGAAGAGUGAAAAGCUUUUUGAAUUCAGCCGCACAUAUAUACUAGCAACGUUAUCAUUUCAGAACUCCACGGGCUUUAUUUUCUCUAUUGCAUCGUGCAAUAAGCCACAUCCAGGAGCGGGCCUCCACAAGAUAUGCAUCGCAAUGCUGCGCCCACCAAGCCACUGCAAUAGUGAAAUGGUGUUCGACAACUGUUUUACAGUUGCUCUUUGCAGAAAUGGCAAAAGAAAAAAACUACGAGACACGUUUUCUUGUGACAGAGGUACCGAGUUUAUUUACAUUCACAAUGGAUUCCCAUUUACUACACGCCAUUCAAGCCAGCAUGAAUCACUCGCACAUUGCAUCCACAAAGACGCCCCAGCCCCUUUCUUCAAUGCACUAGCCUGCCACUCGAAAGUAUUUAAUCGACAGGGGAUUGCCAGUCCCCCGAGUAUACUUAAAUAAAUUUUGUUGUCACAGACAAGACAUAGAAGAUAAGGGACCCCCCC